GGGCUGGCCAGCUUCCGCAGCUUCCUGCGCUCUGAGUUCAGCGAGGAGAACGCUGAGUUUUGGGUUGCCUGUGAGGACUACAAGAAAACCAAGUCCCCUGUGAAGAUGGCAGAGAAGGCCAAGAAGAUCUACGAGGAGUUCAUCCAGACCGAGGCACCCAAAGAGGUGAACAUCGACCACUUCACCAAGGCUGUGACCAUGAAGAACCUGGUGGAGCCGUCGCCAAGCAGCUUUGAUCUGGCCCAGAAGAGGAUCUUUGCCCUGAUGGAGAAAGACUCCCUGCCCAGAUUUGUGCGGUCGGAGUUUUAUCAGGAGUUAAUCAAGUAG